AUGGAGUAUUACUUCACCCUCGCACUGUUCGCCUGGACGUUAUUACCAGGGCUCCGUUUCUGCUUCAAUAUUGAUGUGAAGAGGGCAAAGGUCAUCCAUGGCUCAGAGGAGGCCCAGUUUGGCUACACGGUGCAGCAGCACCAGGCAGAGGGGCGCAACUGGCUGCUGGUGGGGGCUCCGUUUGAGAGCAGUGGAGGUCAGCAGACGGGAGACGUGUACCGCUGCCCACUGGACUCCAGCCCUGAGGACCCCAGCCCUGAGGACUCCAGCUCCAGCUGCUCCAGACUCAACCUGGGGAAUGAAUCUAUGAGCUACGUGUCCGAGAGGAAGGACCGGAUGAGGAUUGGAAUGUCACUGGCGUCCAACCCUGAGGAUCAGAGCUUUGUGGCCUGCGGCCCCCUGUGGUCCUAUGAGUGUGGAAGUGCAUACUACAGCACAGGCAUCUGCUCCAGAGUCAACAGCUCCUUCCACUUCACCAACAACAUCGCCCCGGCCUUCCAGCGGUGCGAGACGUUCAUGGACAUUGUGAUUGUUCUGGACGGCUCCAACUCUAUCUACCCGUGGUACGAGGUGCAGGACUUCCUCAUCAAUGUGCUGCAGAAGUUCUGCGUUGGCUCGGGUCAAACUCAGGUAGGAAUCGUGCAGUAUGGGCAGAGGGUGGUGCAUGAGUUCGCUCUGGAUGACUAUGAGUCGGUGGAGGAGGUGGUGCAGGCAGCGCAGAACAUCCAGCAGAGAGGAGGAGAGGAAACACGCACCGCCCUGGGAAUCAGUAGUGCACGGUCUCUGGCCUUUAAGCGCGGUGGGCGAGAGGGAGCCAGGAAGGUGAUGAUUGUGAUCACAGACGGAGAGUCACAUGACAGUCCUGACCUGCAGCAGGUUGUUGAGGACAGUGAGAAGGACAACAUCACGCUCUAUGCCAUUGCCGUGCUGGGUUACUACAACCGUCGGGGCAUCAACCCUGAGGCCUUCCUCAAGGAGAUCAAGUUCAUCGCCACCGACCCCGAUGAACACUUCUUCAGCGUGACGGAUGAGUCUGCCCUCAAGGACAUCGUGGAUGCGCUGGGCGAGAAGAUCUUCAGUCUUGAGGGAACCAACAAAAACAAGACAUCAUUCGAGCUGCAGAUGUCCCAGGCUGGCUUUUCCUCUCAUAUAGUGGAGGACGGGGUACUGGUGGGAGCGGUGGGAGCAUAUGACUGGAAUGGGGCGGUGCUUAAAGAGACUGCUCAUGGGAAAGUGAUCCCUCCCAAGUCAUCCUACAGCAACGAGUUCCCAGAGAGCUUGAAGAACCAUGGGGCCUACCUUGGUUAUACAGUCACGUCGGUGGUAUCAGCUAAACACGGCCGCUUGUACGUGUCUGGGGCGCCGCGCUUCAACCACACGGGGAAAGUCAUCAUCUUCACCCUCCAGAACGAUGGGAACCUCACCAUACUACACUCUCUUAAAGGACAGCAGAUUGGCUCGUACUUUGGCAGUGAGAUCGCUCCGCUGGACAUCGAUGACGACCGAGUAACCGACUUCCUGCUGGUGGCCGCGCCCAUGUUCUUCAGCAGCGGCUGGGAAAGGGGCAGAGUGCACGUGUACAGAGUCACGCACGAGAGCCGGUUCUCUCUGGUGGGUUCUCUGGAGGUGGCCGAGCGGGCGGAGAAUGCGCGCUUUGGUUCUGCUCUGGCGUCGGUACCGGACCUGAAUGGAGACGGGUUCAGCGAUGUGGUGGUGGGAGCACCUCUGGAGGACGACCACCGGGGGGCGAUCUACCUCUUCCACGGCCGAGCCCACGGGCUGCACCCCACACACAAGCAGAGGGUGGCUGCUGUAGAGGUAGACUCAGGCCUGCGCUACUUGGGCUGCAGUGUCCACGGCCGGCUGGACGUGAGCGGGGACGGACUGGUGGACCUGGCCGUGGGCUCCCUGGGCGCCGUGGUGACGCUGUGGUCCCGCAGUGUGAUCCGUGUGCACCUGAGUGUGAGUUUUGAACCUGCAAAGAUCAACGUGUUCAACAAAGACUGCCGGCGGGGGGGCAAGGACGUCACGUGCAUGGCGGCCAUUGUGUGUGUGAGGGUCACGCCACAGACUCCCAUGCCCACCAUGCUGGCAGCAGCGUUGAGGAGGAGUGUGUAUCUCGAUGAGCGGCGCUUCUCCCCCAGGGCCGUGCUGGACGAUGUUGAGGAUCUCCAUGGCAACAUCACGCUGCAGCCGCACGCCCGGCACUGCCAACACACACACUUCCACGUGCAGGAGACUUCGGAUUAUGUGCGUCCUGUGAUCUUCACUGUGGAGGUAGCCCUGCAGAACCCAGAGCAUGGCCCUGUCAUAGAUGAAGACUGGCCAACUACUCUACGAGUGGAGCUGCCCUUCUGGAAUGGAUGUGAGGAGGACGAGCACUGCGUUCCCAACCUCAUCCUGCACAGCAACACUGACCUUCUGGACCUCCCGCAGUUCUGUGUGCAGAGGUGUUCCGGCUGUACCGUGUGUGAACUGCAGGGGGCGCUACAGGGUGCAGAGCGUGUGGUGGAGUCGUCACGGCGACGCAUGUUUGUGGACGCUCGUCUGGAGAACCGCGGGGAGAACGCUUACGGAACCACCCUCAGCAUCUCCUUCAGCCCCAACCUGGCCUUCUCCAGCCUCGUGAUCAAGGGUUCCUCAGACAUCCAGAUAGACUGCCACAGUGUAUCAGAGCGAAGCCACCACAGAAUCUGCAAUGUCAGCGCACCCUUCAUGAGGUCACAGAGCCAGGUGUCUUUCCGUGUGGAGUUUGAGCUGAGCAGGUCGGUCUUCCUGGACUAUGUGCAGGUGACUCUGGAAGCCAGCAGUGAGGGAGAGGAGGGCAGUCUGGAGGACAACCUGAACAACCUCUACUACCCUGUCAAAUACGAGGGUGAACUGCUCUUCACCAGAAACUCAAACCCACCACGCUUCGAAAUCAAACCUGAACCUUCUAAAACCAGUCCUGGUGCCAUCGGACCGACCUUUAACCUUUCAUACCAGAUCCAGAACCUGGGCCUGUACCCAGUGGAGGAGCUGCAGAUCACCGUGGCGAUGGCGGCUGUCACCAACAGCGGCAACCAGCUCCUGCACAUUAGCCAUUUCCACAUAGACCAGACGGCAGGUUCACACUGCAACCCUUCCCGCUCCAUACCUCCGACACGAGCUUUGCCUGAAGACCUGUCACUCACACCACAGCUGAACCGUUCCAACAGCGUGGCUCUGUCGGUGCAGUGCAGUGUGACUUUACCUGCCCAGGCCCAGGUGGGCGUGACCAUCGGAGGAUGGCUCCACCUCCACGCCCUACUGGCCGUGCAGUUCAGGAAGCUAGAGCUGGUUACGACUGCAUCUGUGGAACUCAACCCAGCCAGCUCAACUUUCCUGCAUGAAGCUCGACCAACACGGCAUAUAACCCUGGAGAUUAGAAAAGAGGAAGAUUACAGAAUUCCCAUCUGGAUUAUAAUCGGGAGCUCGCUGGGCGGCCUGCUGCUCUUAGCUCUGCUUGUCCUGGCCUUAUGGAAGCUUGGCUUCUUUCACCGGCAAAAGCGAAAUAAAGAAGAGGAUGAAAACCAGCUGACCAAUGAGAAGACUCUAGAACAGUGAUAACCCGUGACAACACACCAGCGGACCAAUGAGAACACACCAGAACAGUGAUAACCCCGGUGACACACCAGCUGACCAAUGAGAACACACCAGAACACCAGCUGACCAAUGAGAACACACCAGAACAGCAGUAACCAUGGCUACCACAUGGCUCCUCUUUGGCUCAGGUAUGCAGAUGGGAGACUGUGGACAUGGGGGUGCCCUGCCUACCACACAGCCAAUAAGCACUUGUUGAACCCUUGCAAAUCCCACCCACUCAGGUUCCUUGACCUGGGACCCCUUCAGGAGAUGCAGAAGGCCCAACUACCCUCAGCUAGUAGCACCUGCCUCAAAGGAGACCCAGUCACUCGCACAAGAUGAGGACAUUCAAUUUGUGGGGCCUUCCCAUCACAGCGUGCCUCUGGCAGCAGAGUUCACUGCCGAGAACUUGCCAUCUCAGAGUAAUGCCGUUCACAAAGCAGUGUCCAGAUUAAUAUGGCAAAUUGCACUGUUAGGCCAUGUGUGGUGAGGAGAGCUGCUGGGAGUUGGGUGAAGUAGAGUGGACAAAGAGCUCUGUAUGUUUCUGUGCGAGGUCACCUUUUGGCCUCAUAAUAGAACAGCCACCCCACACCACUGCAUCCAAAGCUCAGGCACCAGACUACCCACAAUGCUUCUGCCAAGCCACAUGCACACCUCAGCUCCUGCACUUCACAACCUGAUAUAACACAUGGGUUUGAAUGCAACUAUAAUGUAUUGUUAGUUAGUUGUAUACCUUAAUGUAAGCCCUGUUCACAGUAAGCUGCCAUACCAGAUAUCAUUCAGUCCAACACGAGGCUGAGUCUCAGUAAAGCACCAGACUUCAUCCAUCGGCCUGAAGGAUCCACAACUAUGAGGGCUGUAAUGUAACUUGCUUUUAAAACCACUCGGCUGACCUAGCUAAAGUUCACGCACAGCAGCAGUCCUCAGCUUGAAAUCUGCAGUACUAUUGUCUUCACGUGCAGAGGGGUCACGUAACUGACGUGUUUGUGGAUGAAUUAUCUUUUCAGAAAUAUAUGUUAUAUUGAUGCACUUUUCAAUGUAUAUGAAGACAAACUUGAAGAUUGUAAAUAUAACGUAUAGUGCCUUACCCACUAACUGAAAAAGGGAAGCACAGUUCACUAUGAGAGGCAUUAAACUGUACAAACAUCA